UGCAGCGCGGCGCCGUUUGAAUGGCGCAGGCUGCGGGCGCUGGCUCCCGGCCGUAGCCUCUCGUGACGGUCUCUCCUGUCGGCGUGGGCGGUCCGAUACCAUGAGCAGCGGGGAUUUGAGAGAUUAUGGCAUCUGAGGCUCACAAUGCUAAAAAACAGAAAGUACUGCAUAUUGAAGGUUGUCCUGUUGAUCUCCCCAGAAAAAGAAUCUCUUCUUCCACUAAAAAGAUCAUGAAGGAGGAUAAGAAAUCUCCAAAACAGCUGGCUUCAUACACAAACAGAAUAACAGUUGGAAAAACAGUGACCAGUCCCCUAUCUCUCUUCAAAGCAGUACAUUGUAAAAGAAAAGUCCAUUGUUAUACUGCAAAGCCUUGUUAUAAGAAGAAACAGUUCCCUAAAUCAAGGGGCUGUAACAUGGCAAAUAAAGAAAAUGAACUGGCUUGUGCAGGGAAUCUGCCAGCAAAACUGAAUGACGGUCGUACACACUUGCUGAAUUCUAGUGACUCUGGCUCAUCUCAAACAGAAGGCCCCUCUUCCAAAUACAGUGCAUUUUUUUCAGAGGUUUCUCAGGACCAUGAAACUAUGGCUCAAGUUCUUUUCAGCAGGAAUCUGAGGCUGAAUGUCGCUUUAACCUUUUGGAGAAGGAGAAGUAUAGGUGAACUGGUAGCCUACCUAUUGAGGAUACAAGAUCUUGGAGUUGUAGUAGACUGCCUUCCUAUGCUUACAAACAGUUUACAGGAAGAAAAACCAUAUAUUUCAGUUGGCUGCUGUGUAGAUCUUUUGCCUUUAGUGAAAUCACUACUUAAAAGCAAAUAUGAAGAAUAUGUGAUAGUUGGUCUAAACUGGCUUCAAGCUGUAAUUAAAAGAUGGUGGUCAGAACUAUCUGCGCAUAAAGAGAGGGCAGAGGAUGGAAAUAUGGUUAUUUUAAAACAACAAUUAAGUGAAUUAUGGGAACAAGAAAAUCAUCUUACUCUGGUUCCAGGAUAUACUGGUAAUAUAGCAAAGGAUGUAAAUGCUUAUUUAUUACAACUGUGCUGACACGACUGAGAAAUGAUGCGCUUAUGUGGUGAAACAAUCCUUUAAAAUGUUCCUGAAAUACGUACUAUUUCUGAAAGCCUUCUGAAAAAUAUUGGUGGAAGAGAACUGAACUGUCAAGCUGUUUAAUGAAACCACUAACGAAAUCCUAACAAUCUACUUCACAUUGAAGUGGAAAAAUGUCUAGUAGGAGCAACUUUUACUUCAGUGAGGUGAAACUGCACUAUGAAAACUGUAUGCCUUUGCUGCAUUUGGGAUUCAUUCAAUUACUAGGUAUUCACUGUUUUCCUACAGUGUUGCAUAAAAAGAUGAAUUCAAGUGGUUCUGCUGUCUUGUCUGACUGACAGUAACAAAGAACCAACACGAGCAAUCGGCAUUAAGAGCUUUUAGUGUUCAUUCACAAGGACUCCAAAAUGCACAGCUAUCUUCCAACUAUAUUAAAGACAACUCUGAAAUAUUCAAUUAUUUCUUUGUUUUAAUUGAAACUAAAGACAGUUUUUGUUUGCACUAUUGAAAAAGUAUACAACAAAAAUGCCUUAAUUACUAGUGUUUGAAAAAGCCAAUAUGUUGAGAUGUAAGUAGCUAUUGUAUGUUCAGACUGUGAUGAAAAAGUGCUACAGAAGUCAGGGUUUCACAUUGUGUAGUUGUUCUUGAAACAUUGCACAUAUAUAAAAAUUAAUGUAAGAAAAAUAAUAUGAAUACCUGAACUUAAGCUUGGAUAAGCAGUUAUUACAAAUGUGAGCAGAAUGGUGAAUAUACCAAACAAAUUUUUUUUAUAUUGUAUGUGGAUUUCUAACAUGAUAUCUUGUUCUGUAUCACUUAAACUACAUGCAAGUAAGUAAAUAUAUUAAAUGUA